AUGGAAGAUUCCAAUACAGCUAUUGGUCAGGUUUUGGUUAAUCUUUUUAAUGGAAGGACAGCUGUCUUUGGUUCUGACAAGUACAAAACCAUUGGCCAAAUAAAAAGUUAUUUAUUGAGUCAGUACACCCUUGAUAAUAUUAACCAUUCUAUAUGGCAUGGAUUGAAUGAACUUGAUGAUGAACUUGAGUUAUCAGACUUAUUGGUCGAUGAAUCUACAAUAUCUCUAGAUCAUCAUCUGGAGUUAUUGGGAGGUGGUAAGAAGCGUAAGAAGAAGCAAUACACUACACCUAAGAAGGUAAAGCAUAAGAAGAAAAAGGUCAAGUUGGCUGUUCUGAAGUAUUACAAGGUAGAUGGCGACAAGGUGGUUCGUCUUCUUAAGGAUUGUCCUGGUGAGAACUGCGGUCGCGGCGUCUUCAUGGCCGCACAUAACAAUCGCACUUACUGCGGUCGCUGUCAGCUUACUUAUCUGAGCCCAGCUCAGGAAUAA